CACAUCCUCACUUAUCCGUUGUUCUCUCCCCACUCGCUAAUCUCUCCCAUCUCACAGAUCCUCCUUCUCUCGAUCGGAGGAGAGCUGCCACGCCCGCGCACCUCCGGCGAGAAUCCGGUGAGCUGAGCCCGCAGCGCCUCCCGACGCCACGCAUCUCCGACCGGAUCGAGGUCGACAGCUACCCAUGGGCGGCCGAGCCCAGGCCCGACGGCGACCAGAUCCCCGGUGAGUAGCGCAUCACACGCCCAAGCCCCGUGCAGCUCGUCUCCCCGAGCUCGCACCUGAGGAACCUCCAUCACCUGCCCCCUUCCGCGCGCUUGCCAUCGGCAGUCUCCUCCCUGGCGACCACCAUCUCGACGGCGAGAGAGGGAAGGGGGUGGCGCUGCUUGAGGAGGUCUGGAACGGAAGGGGAGGAGCGGAGCCAUGGCUGUCGUAGCGCUGCUCAAGGUUGCGUUGCGCGGAAGGGCGAGGAGCGGAGUCAUCGCCGAAGCGUCGCAGCUCGAUGAGGCGGGGCGCGGAGGUGGAGAUCUGUGACAGAGCCUACGCCGACAUGUUGAUGCUCGGGGGUGCCGGCGCCCCAUCUGGCGCCAGUGGGAGAUGCUCAUGCGCACCAGCAAGUGAUCCCGACAUCACAUGCCGCCGCCGUCGAGGAUUCAGUGUCUGCUGCUCCGUGAGUAGUGGAGCAACUACACCGUGCAGGAUAUACACGACGGCCGGACGUCAAGGCGUGGCUGUUGCUAGAGUAGCUCCGGUCAUGUCUCAGAGGGAUUGUUGGCAGGCGGUGCUGAUAGUGAAGAUAAUUUUUGGGCAAGUUGGACUGAUUCAUGUGUUAUGCUGCUGCAGAAGCUCAUAAUUCAGGGGGUGGUUUCCAUAAAUGUGACGGAUUUUCGAUCCGACGGAAUCAAUUCCACUUUCCAUAUCCUGAUCCUGGCCGCUCCCGUCGUAGCUUCCUCGGCUAGGCCAGGACUGCCUUUCCUUGCAGCGGACGCGUUUGGACUCCUGCUCGGAUCCACUUCGCCCACCGUCCGUCUAUAUAAGGCGGCACCAAGCGGCGGCCUCCGCACCGCGUCCACCUUCUCCCUUCCGGCCUCUCGCCACCGCCACGCGCCAUCAGUUCCAUCCCGCAAGAAGCCAUCCAUCGGAGGCAAGGCGAUCCAUCCAAGCUUGGGGGGUGAUGAUGCCGACGUCGUUCUUCCAGGGCAACGACGCCGGCGCCUGCGACGGCGACGGCUCGCCGCACGGGGUCAAGAAGAUGUGGACCAAGGAGGAGGACGACCUGCUGCGGGAGCAGGUGCGGCGCUGUGGCGGCCCGCACAACUGGGACUCCAUCUGCCGAGGCCUGCCCGGCCGCAACUCCAAGUCGUGCCGCCUCCGCUGGUGCCAGCACCUCGACCCCAGGGUGGAGGCCGUCAAGCCCUUCACCGUCGAGGAGGACAUGCUCAUCGUCAAGUACCAGGCCGCCUACGGCAACCGCUGGUCCACCAUCGCCGAGUUCCUCUCCGGCCGCACCGACAACGCCGUCAAGAACCGCUGGAACUCCGUCCUCCGCAAGCGCCAGGAGCACGCCCCCUCCCAGCAGGGCCAGACGCGCCCGUGGGCUCCUUCCGCCGCCCGGCAGGCCGCGGGCCCCGAGGUCACGCCGCGGUGCCUGCCGCUGUUCCCUGAUUCGGCCGAGGAGGUGCCGGAGGCUGACACAUCUGCGGCGGCGAGGAAGUGCCUCGACCUGUUCCCUCUGGCGCCCGGGGAUAUCAGGGCCAACGCGGCUGCUGUGGCGCCGCCCGGUGACAUGACUUGCGGAGCAGGCGACCCGCUCACCGAGCUGAGGCUCUGGCCGGCGCCGAGGGUGGUGUUCGACGUAAUGCCGCUCCAGGCCUACCGGAUGUAGAUUUGCUUAGACUUGUUGUUCUCUCGUCUUACUUUUUGCUGAUCGUGGGGAAUUUUCCUAGUGGGAUUUGACUUGUAAUGGAAGCUCUGGCUGAUCGAGAAUGUUGUUAGGACUCCAUUGGAUCUUGGUAUCAACAGAGCGCUGGAUUUUCUGUAAUCGUCUUGCUUGCUGGUUAGGUAAUCAAGAAAGUUCUGGACUUAGUGUAAUGCUUUGUGCUUCUUGAUGAUCAAGAAAAUUCUGAACGUCUUGUAAUUUGCAUGACCAUUGUAAUCAACAAAUCAAUCUUUAGCAAUUUUCUUGUUCACUGGA